GGCUUGACUCUAUGGUAAUCUAUCGAAAGAGUAAUAUCAUUAUGUCGACUAUGACGGAGUGGUUACAAGCAAAUAUUGUUCGCCUCGGCGAAUUAAAUAGCGUUGAAGAAAAAAAGAAUAUUUUAUCAGACGUAAAAAUCAAAUUAGGAAGCUUGAAUAAUAGGGAAAGCGAACAAAUCUCUCGUAAUGUGGAUCUUGGUCAGUUGUUUACUCAGUUAAACUCCAAUAACAGAGAAUUUGUAGAUCAGGUGUGUGACAUUCUGAAAACAUUGUUUGGCAUCUUUAAAGCUGGAGAAGUAUAUCAAAGAUAUUCCACAGAGAUAUCACAAUUGAUAACUCAUCCAUCUUCUGCAGUUAAAUCUCUUGCGUUGAAUGAAAUUUUGUGCAUUGUUUCUAAUCCCCAGAAGAUAUUUCUGUUGCUCACAGAUGUCAGUUUAUUAGUUGCUAUCAUAAAUAGGAUUGGAGAUGACGAUUUGAUAGUAGCUAAAUCUGCAAUGAGUAUAAUGUGUAUAAUUGGUAAUGAUUCAAAAGGACUACAGAUUUUAUAUAAAGGUGAAUUGUUACAAAAUUUUGCUAGAUUAUUAGUAAAGAAUGAUACUACUAGUUUUCGUAUAUAUGAAGUUGUUGUGGAUGUAGCAAAAUCUUCAAAAGAAGGUCUAGAAGCAUCUGCUCAAUCAGGAUUUUUGACUAGUUUAAUCAAUAUUCUUGACAGUGAAGAUGUAUUGCUUCAAGUAAAUGCAUUAGAGCUUUUGACACAGUUAGCAUUAACAGAAGAAGGAUUGAGAUUUUUAGAACAGCAAGGAGUCCUAAGAAGUUUAGUUCAAAAAAUAGAACAUGAAGUUCCAUUGUUAAAUUUACUGAUUCCUGGUUUAAUGAAAUUUUUUGGCAAUGUUGCACAUUAUUGGCCUCAUGAAAUUUUUUCGAAAUAUCCAGUGGUAGUUUCUGAAUUAUUCAAAGUAAUAGAAUUUCCUGAGAAUGAGACAAUUCUUGGUGUUGCAUUAGACACAUUGGGACAUAUUUCUAUGAGUGUUGAAGGUAAAUAUGCUUUACAAGCUUUAGGACAUGAAAUGCAACUUAUACUACCAAUAAUUGCUGCUGUUAUACAAAAAAUGCCUCCAGCAGUAAAAAUUCAUGGAUUGAAUUGUUUGGCUCAGAUACUUGAUGUACAAAAAGUAGAACAAGACAACAGAAUUUUAUCAUUGACAAAAUCAUGGUUUGAUUAUCUGGGUGAUGAUCCAUUGGGCAUGAUUGUAGCAAUAUGUACGCACCAAUUUGCAGAUAUUAGGCAAGCAGGUUUAAAGGUGUUGGAAGUUUUGGCAUCUCAAGUAUGGGGUCAAGAAUACAUAUCUACACGUCUAGGUUUUAUAGAAUUCUUAUUACAUACCAAUGAGUCCUUUAAAGAAUGUAAAGAAGCUAAAUAUGAAGUUAUAAGACGGUUAACUGAAGCUGAACCAAACAUAUUUCCUGCAUAUAUAAUGGAAAAAUUUACAGAGUUUGUAAGUGGAAGAUCACAUCUACAGGUUACAGAUGUUGCGGUAGAACGUUUAUAA